CCGGUCCAUGCGUCUGGGGAAGGAGGACCGGCCAUUCGCCUUUGGCCAGCGGCUCCAAGAGGCGGCGACGCGCUGGCUGCAGCCGGGAGAGGGAGAUGGCCGACUGCUGGACCAGAUCUUACUGGAACAGUUUGUGGAGGCGAUCCCGACGCGGACGGCGAACUGGAUCCGGUACCACCGGCCCCGGGACCUCGCAGCAGCGGUGACCCUCGCCGAGAACCACCUGGCUGUCCACCGCGAGGAGCAACCGACACCAGCGGCGCACGGACCGAGCUUGCGACAUGAGAAGGAGAAAGAACGACACAUUCCCCACUUUUACCCACGUGACCCUCCCUCUACUCUGUCUCCGCAGGUCCCGGCUGCUGCUUCCAGAACAUCUCCCGCGCAGACGGCCCCUCAAACGCUUGGGCAGGCGUGCUGGAGUCGUGGGCGGCCCGGUCACGCGCGUCACGGACCUCCGCAGGUGGAGGUGGGGCGCGUGAGCCGGGUGGCCGCUCCUUCAGUGCCCUCCCCCGGCCCGGGGGAGACGUACGGUAUGAAGGCUGACGCGUCGGGCAGAGGACUGGGAGCGGUUUUGUCCCAGCAGGUGGAGGGCGUCGACCGACCCAUUCUCUACAUCAGCCGGAAGCUGUCCGAAAGGGAGGCAAGGUACAGCACAGUGGAGAGGGAGUGCCUCGCCAUCAGGUGGGCGGUUGGGGCCCUCCGAUACUACCUCCUGGGGCGCUCAUUCAGCCUCUGCUCGGACCACAAACCCCUCCAGUGGCUCCACCGCAUGAAAGAUGCCAACGCGCGGAUCACCCGUUGGUAUCUAGCUUUGCAACCCUACAACUUCAGAGUGAUUCACAGACCGGGGGCACAGAUGGCUGUGGCCGACUUCCUUUCCCGCUCCCUCACGGGGGGGGGGCGCGGACGGACGGCGUCCCGGCCUGAGUCUGGCGGUGGAGGUAUGUGAGGGGCGUGGCCUGCGGACCUGCAGCGAGGCGGGACGUGUCGGGACCGGCUUCGAGAUUAGCGACAGGUGAGUGGAUGACACAGCUGAGUGUGUUUGUCUGAUCACCUGUCGCUCUGUUAAAAGCAGCAGUCGGGAAGAAGAGAGGAGGUGGAGCACGAGCGAGAGCGAGACAGACGAACAAAAAGACAUUUGCUGAAAAGCACAAAAAAGACUGAAAAUAAAACAGUGUUCAACCCUGAAAAGGAGCUGUCAUGUCCAUGAUUGGGGU